AUGGAAUUCGUUGAAUACUUCGAAGAGUGUAUCGUGGGUCAAAAAUAUUCUCAUUUGGCGAUUAGUCCCGAUAACUCGUAAGCUAUUUUUCAAUUUGAAAGUCUCAAAACCUAUUUCAAAAAAUAACAAAAAUGUUUCCUUUUCCAGAAUAAUAAUCGCGGCAACAUCAACAAAUUGUGAAGUUCUUUUGGAUAAUAAGCGAAAAUCAAUAAUCAAACAUGAAGCGAAUGUUGUUGGCGUGUUUUUUGAGACAAAUACAAAAUUGAUCACAAUCACUGAAAAUGGAGAAAUAACAAAUUUCGAAUUGACGGAGGAGCAAGUUUUUGAGAAGAAGUACUCGAAAAGAAUCACAGCUUUCCCCGUUGUGUAAGUUUUUUUUGACAAGAAAUCGGUUUUAAAUAUAUUCAUUUUUACAGUUCGGUUUUCGCGCAGAAAAAUGAAAAAGAAGAGUUCGAUUUCUGGCUGAUCAUGAAGAAAUCGGAUAAGAAAACUGAAAAAUUCUACGAUGUUUGCUUCACUUCUUCAAAUGGUUCAGGAACUCUCGAAAAAGUUUGGAAAGUCCCAACAUUUCUGAAUACUGAACAAAUCGUCAUCGAAAAAAAUGUUAUUGCUUAUUGUCAUAACCAAGAGGUUCAUGCAAUAAUAUUGAAAAAAGAUCGAAAAAUCGAAAAAGAAACACAAUAUCGACAUGACAAAGAUGAUUCAACAUAUCGAUUUGUUCGAAUCGCAGCAAAUUCGAAUUAUCUAGCCGUUUCUAUGGCAAAUGGAUUAGUUUAUCAAUGGUCGAAUUUGAAAUCCGCAGGAGUUUCGGAUACUUUUACAAGUAGCCAUUGGCAUAAAGUUGCACCGCAAGUUGUCGUAACUAAAUUCGGAAAUGUGUUAUCUGCCGGAGCGGAAUGUGUUCUUGCAAGAUUCACAAAAGCUCAAAAAUUACCAACACUUUUGCCAAGAUUGAUUGCGCCAGUUGUGAAACUUUGUCUAUCGGAUGAUUCGUCAACUCUUCUCUUGCAAUUAGAAGAUAACUCAAUUCACACUGUUCUUCUAUCAACAAUGGCUGUUAAAGAAUCUUAUUCAACAAUGCAAUAUUGUCCAAGAUCUUUGAAUUGCGUUUUCCAAAACGAUCCAGCUAUGAAAAGAUAUUUUGUGAUGAAUGCAAAGCCGGGAGCAAUUCAAUGGGCAGAACCGAUUCAAGGAAAAACAUUGCAAGUUGUAAGUUGGCUUAACUCUUUCAUGUUUUAUCUAAAAGUUUCUCCCCCAAACCAUUUUACUUGCAGAUGAAUGUCACAAAGGAAAAUGCAGUCGAUGGAGAUAUGUCACUUGUUGGAAUUAAACCAGCAUUUCGAGAUGUUUCAAAUAUGUCACUUGGCAUCAAAUAUACAGCAACUUUGGAGAAAUUCAUGAAUUUCGAAUCAGAAAAUCAUAUUCGAUUUUGGAAAAGAAAUAUCGAUAAUCCGUUUUUGUCUAGUUUGAUCACAACUGUUGCAGUUGAACAGGAUGUUGUUUUUGUGUCUGUUUGUCAAAGUGAGACGUCGAAAUAUGAUAAGGUUGGUUUGUAAAUUGAAAUAAUGCAGAAUUUGGUGCUCAUUCAAAAGUUAUGACGUUUCAAAAUUUUGAAAUCUGAGAAAUAAUUAUGAUUUUUGAACAACAUACUACUUUUGUGAGUUGUUGAUUUAAUUUUAAAAAUUCCAACCUCAUCCUGAACACAUUUUCAAUCCCCCAAUUUUUCCAGACAAUCAUCAGCGCUUCAACAUCUGGAAAUAUCAGCGUCUGGGAAAUAUCUGAAAAUGAGCAAGAUGUUCGCGAAGAUUUGACAAGAGCCAGAAAUUGGCAAGAAGCUUCGAUAAAUGCGAUUUCAACAAUUCAAGCAAACGGAAGAUUUGCCAGUGCGCAUGGAAAACACGCGGUUUUGUGGAAUGUUGCGAAUGUGAGUUUGAGAAAAAUUAUUUUGAGAGAAUGUUGCCGAAAAAAUCUAUGUUUUCUCGGAAAAAUAUUCAAUUUUUUUCGGAAAAGUUUUUCAGCUUUUCCUAAAUAUAAAUUUCUUUUUUUUUUCUUCAAUAAAAAUCCAUAUUUUUCAGAUGAAAAUCAUUGAUGUGAUCAGUUGCGAAGAUGAAGUUUUGAAGUGCGAAUUCUAUGGAAAAUAUCUGAUCAUUUCGCACAAAAAAGGAGUCACUUGCUGGGAUACUGUAGCUCUUCUUGUCAUUUGGAGAAUUCAACAAAGAGUUGGCCUUUUUGUGUCGGAAGCGGCUGGAUGUUUUGCGUAUGAUGAAUCGCAAGGUAAAUUCGAUUUUUUUUGAGAUCUGAAAGUUCUCAGAGAUUCGCUGGCCAGCUGGUCACUAGGUGGGACCGACUGCCCAUCUGAAAUUGACACGGACAACCACAUCGCCCGUAUUUUUUGCCAGACGACCUGGUCGCGAGGUGGUUCAGUUCAUGCAGACCACCUCGCCCAGGUUGUCCAGCUCGUGCCGACCUCGCGUCCAGAUCGUCUCGCUUAAGAGAAAAAAGUCCAAAAAACUUGUGAAUCCGAGCAUUCUAGAAGAAAUUGGCUCAUUUUCUGUUUUUUCGGAGUACUAGAAACCUUAGGAAGUGAAAAAAACAGUAAAAAAUGCACUAUUUUGAGGACAAACCACCGUCUUGCUAGCUUUCCAGGAUUUCAAACACACAGGCCACGUGGUCGGAAAACUCAAGGCGACCUGGUGGCCGAAUCAAAUUCAGCUCGUUUUGAACUUUCCGGCCACCUGGUCCUGAUCUAGUGGCGAGCUGGCCAGCGAGUCUCUGAGUUAUAUGAACAUUUUUUAAAAGUUUCUCGAAAAAUUUUCCGAAUUUGAAAUUUUAAUAAAUUCAGUUCUAAAAACGUCAAUUUUUUCAGUUAUGAAUUUUGAUGCGGAAACUGGAAGAGUAUUGAAAACUAUCAAAUUCUCAACACCGGUCAACGAUUUGAUUGUUUUAUAUUUGCAAAAAGCCAAAUCAUUGGUUUAUAUUGCGAAAACUGAAAAAGGAAUUCUAACCUAUCGCCCAUCUCAACAUGGAACAUCACAAUCAAAAUCAAAACGCCUUUCGAUUGCUCCAACUCCUUUCAAUGAACUCGCAAUUACAAAACAAGAAAAUGCUGAAAUCUCGGAAGAUCAGAAAUUUGUUCGGCAACCUCGUCCAGAUGCUGCUAAAUUAUUCGCCGGACCUGUUUAUUCAUUACCCCCAAUUUCGUUUUUAGCCCCACUUUUUAUCGAAAAAUCAUUGUUACCUCCACCGUUUUAA